AUGGCCGCCAGCACCUCCCAGGGCGCGACGUAUGCGCUCCCCGAGUCUCACAAGCAGAUGCUCGAGAAGUCACUCCUCGAGUCCGAUCCCGAGGUUGCGGAUAUCAUGAAAGAUGAGAUCCAGCGCCAACGCGAAUCCAUUAUUCUCAUUGCCUCCGAAAAUGUCACGUCCCGCGCUGUCUUUGAUGCUCUCGGCUCGCCUAUGUCCAACAAGUACUCCGAGGGCUACCCGGGCGCCCGGUACUAUGGCGGCAACCAGCAUAUUGACCGGAUCGAGCUUCUCUGCCAGAAGCGUGCCCUCGAAGCCUUUAAUCUUGACGGCGCCAAGUGGGGUGUCAACGUCCAGUGCCUGAGCGGCAGUCCUGCCAACCUCCAGGUGUACCAGGCCAUCAUGCCUCCCCACGGCAGGCUGAUGGGUCUGGAUCUGCCCCACGGUGGCCAUCUCAGCCACGGCUACCAGACUCCCCAGCGGAAGAUCUCGGCCGUCUCAACCUACUUUGAAACCAUGCCGUACCGUGUCGACCUCAAUACCGGCGUCAUCGACUACGACCAACUCGAGACAAACGCCGGGCUCUACCGGCCCAAGAUCCUCGUUGCCGGCACCUCGGCCUACUGCCGUCUCAUCGACUACGCGCGCAUGCGCAAGAUUGCCGACUCGGUUGGCGCCUACCUGGUCGUCGACAUUGCUCACAUCUCUGGUCUCGUGUCUGCCGGUGUCAUUCCCUCGCCCUUCGAGUACGCCGAUGUCGUCACCACCACUACUCACAAGUCGCUCCGUGGCCCCCGUGGCGCCAUGAUUUUCUUCCGCAAGGGCGUCCGGUCCGUUGAUGCUAAGACGGGCAAGGAGACCCUCUACGACCUGGAGGACAAGAUCAACUUCUCCGUCUUCCCCGGCCACCAGGGCGGUCCCCACAACCACACCAUCACCGCGCUGGCCGUCGCGCUCAAGCAGGCCGCGACUCCCGAGUUCAAGGCGUACCAGCAAAAGGUCGUUGACAACGCCAAGGCGCUGGAGAAGAAAUUCAAGGAGCUCGGCCACAAGCUUGUGUCGGACGGCACCGAUUCGCACAUGGUGCUGCUCGAUCUUCGCCCGUUCUCUCUGGACGGUGCGCGUGUCGAGGCCGUGCUCGAGCAGAUCAACAUUGCCUGCAACAAGAACGCGGUUCCCGGCGACAAGAGCGCCCUCACCCCCGGCGGUCUGCGUAUCGGCACGCCAGCCAUGACCAGCCGCGGCUUUGGCGAGGCCGACUUCGAGCGCGUCGCCGCCUACAUUGACGAGAGCAUCAAGAUUUGCAAGGAGGUACAGGCUGCCUUGCCCAAGGAGGCCAACAAGCUCAAGGACUUCAAGUUCAAGGUGGCUAGCGGCGAGGUUGCUCGCAUCAACGAGCUCAAGAAGGAGAUUUCGGACUGGUGCCACACCUUCCCCCUCCCCGUCGAGGGCUGGAGAAUGGACGCUGGUAUCUAA